AUGAGCUUCAUGCAAAAGCGCGGUCUCUCGACCCUCAUCCCCCCCAAGGCUAUCGGCUCCUCCCCCAAUGCUGUCCGCAUGCAGAAGGUCGUGAGCUUCUACGAGAAGCUGCCCCGUGGCCCAGCUCCCGAGCCCGAGGCCAAGGGUCUUCUCGGACGCUACCAGAAGAAGUACAUGGGCAAGAACCCUUCAGCAAGGCCCCUCGUUCACGUCAUUGGCUUCCUGAUCGCCAUCGGCUACGCGCAGAACUACUACUUCCAUCUCCGCCACCACAAGAACAACGAGCACUAA